CUGAUGGUCACGUGAUUUCGGGGAAAAGGAGGAGGCUGAUCUUAGAGAGACGAGGAAACUGGUAAGGGCGGGGGGAGUGUUAGCGGAGAUAUUUGCUGGUGGAAUAAACAGGGGAAGAGAAGAGGAAGCGCCCACCACUGACAAGCGAAACUUCUGACUGAAGCAAGGCAGGGAAGUGCAGAUAUAACUAACACAAGUACAGAUGGCCACUGGGCGAGCACGUUCUGCACGAAAGCUUAAACCAUGGCUGGUGGAUCAAAUUAAUAGUGGAAAAUUCUCAGGGCUUGUAUGGGAUGAUGAACAGAAGACCUGCUUCCGAAUUCCAUGGAAACAUGCUGGGAAACAGGACUUUCGACAUGAUGAGGAUGCAGCCAUCUUUAAGGCCUGGGCUGAGUACAAAAACAGACUCCGCCCAGGUGACAAGCUGGAUGCAGCAGCUUGGAAGACUAGACUGCGGUGUGCCUUGAAUAAGAGUCCAGAAUUCCAGGAGCUUCCAGACAGGUCCCAGCUAGAUAUAUCCGAACCAUACAAGGUGUACAGGAUUGUUCCUCCUGGGGAACAAAUAACUCCAGAUUCCAGGAGAUCUGCACACAAGAGAAAGAGUAAUGCGGAUGCAGCAGGUAGCUCAUCUGAUGAAGAAAUCACCACCCCUAAAGAGCAACCACAGAUAAUCAAACUGGAUCUGCCUCAUGUUAAUGAUGCACAAGUAACCAGUUCAGCAUCGCCUGAAGAUUCUGGUAUUGGAAGUGAUACAAGCAACACAGAGACACUUAACACAGCGCAGUACAUUACUGAAUCUGUCACUCCUUUACAGAUGACACACACAGAUCUAAUUUCUUCACCUGUUCAGAGUUUAGAGAUCUCAGACAUAGAUAUGCAGAUUACUGUAUUGUACAGUGGUGUGGAAGUUUCACAGAGUCUUGUCCGAAGUGGGGAGUGCAAGUUGUCAGCUGGGGCUCCCUUAAUGAGAUCGGGUUCAACAAUGGAACAUGUAACUCUCCCAGCACCAGAUGAACGUCUGGACCGUGAAACACGCAAAAGGACACAAGAUUUGUUAACAUUCCUACAAUCUGGGGUCAUGUUGGCCAGUAAUAGGGAUGGCAUAUUUGUGCAACGUCAGAGAUCCUGCUCAGGCCGUGUGUUUUGGGCUGGGCCAUGUGCAAAUCCUGGACAAACUAAUAAACUGGAAAGAGACAUGCACGUCAAACUGUUUGACACUUUGAGAUUUUUUAAAGAUCUGGAGCAAUACAAAACAGAAGGUGGAAUGCCCCCCAGUUAUGAAGUUACCUUAUGCUUUGGGGAGGAAAUCUCAGAGCAUGAGUCUCUUACUAACAAACUAAUUGUAGCACAGAUAGAACAAGUUAUGGCUUCUGAGUUGAUUCGUGAAUCAUCUCAAAAUGCUCAAAAUAUCCAGCCCAUAAAUCCUCUGCUGCAGGACCCACCUGCUCCUUACCUGAGCCCUUUACUUCCGUUGAACACCCGAAGUAACUAAGCUGCCUUGCAUGUGCAUAUAUAACAUAUACUGCUAGUAAUCAAGAGAAUAAUCACAUGAUGCUUCUCCAGUUUCCACAUGUGUGUAUAUAUAUAUAUAUAUAUAUAUAUAUAUAUAUAUAUAGAUAUAUAUAUAUAUAUAUAUAUAUAGAUAUAUAUAUAUAUAUAUAUAUAUAGAUAGCACUACUACAUAUAUUGUGGAUUAUGUGAAACUCUACUACAGCAAAAUCCUUUUAUGAUGACCACUACUUUUUUCAAGCAAAUGGCAUACUGGAUUUUCCCAGAAUCUAUUAAAUUCUGAAGAAAGACACCGCAAAACAUAAAUAAUCCUGUAAAUCCUUGAGUAAGUGUCAGCGAUGAGAUACACAUAUAACCCAAGCUAUUUGGAUCCUCCUAGCAACUUGUUCAUGGGAAACAUACAUCUACAGUAACUGGAGACAGCAGUAAACAACUUUCCAUCAGACCAUGCCAGUCCCAGCAGGCAGCCAUUACAAUUUGGGUUUCCUGCUGUCAACUUUCCAUAGCAGGUCAACAGAAAGAGCAGUCACUUUGCUCCACACUGGAUUACAUAGUUCUCAGAUAUUAUUUCUUACAAGCAGCUCAGAAUUUAGAGGUUUCUGACUAGAAAUGUUUCUGUUCAUAUUUUGAUAUAAUUUAGUUUAGGGGAUUGUCCAUUCUAAACCAAAACCAACUGUGUUUGCAGCCCAGUUGCGUAUAGCAGAUUUCCUUUUACACUAAAAUAGAGCAGCACGUUUUCUAGAUGGGAAUAGUAAAUACAUAUAAUUAAAUACAUGUACUUUGCCGACUAAGGGGAUAUUAGCAUUUGGAAAAAUACAUAUUUAAUCUUAUUGUGCUGUAAAUAUGUGUAGGGGAAGUGUCACAUAGUUUAAAGAAGGCCACAGCAAUUAUUAGUAGCUUGGGGUGGGGAGCUGUGCCAAAUUGCCUGAUUUUGAACCCUAAUUGCUUUAAAGUGCUUGUUAGGCAACUGCCACUUGGAAACACACAGACAUGCAAUCAAUAAAGUCACAGGAGUUGAUUUGCUAACAUAGGUGACAAACUGCACCAGUGCAGUAACUAAUCAAAAUUCUGAUUGGUUGCUCUGGGUAACUGCACUAGUCCACUUUUUACUUAUUAAGGUAUUUGUAAAAACUGAUCUGUUAAAAAUCAAGUACAGCUUGGGUGCAUAAAUAUAACAAUCAGUUCCCCUUGCAGUUCUUAAGAGGGUGGGACCAACACCAUUAAUAUCUUGCAGAUGUUCCAUACGUAAUGUUGUGUAUGUAAAUUAAAUGUCAUUUCCAGUAAUCUAUGUACCAUAUUCAGGCUGUCAGCAAAUGUCUCAGGUACUUUAAUGACAUGUAUAGUUUUCCCCAUAUGUGGCCAGUUUGAAUCCUACUGAAUUAAUGUGUAGCCUAGCCUACACUGGACCUUUCUAGAUAAAGUACCAUUUAACGCUUAACUAGUGGCUAACAUGUUUACAGCGUCUACAGCAUUAUGCUUUUGUAAGCAAAACUAAAGAGAUUUAUAAGCUCCUGCAUUUUUCAGUUAAUUUUGUACUGAUCUUCUGAACCUUUAUCAAACCUGAUUCUCUUCGCUCGCUGGUAUGAUAUAAUUUUAGCAUUAAGCUCAAUUGCUUCCUAUUUUGUUUGAAAUUUCUGAUGGUUUGUUUAAACACAUAUUUCUGUGGAAAUACAGUUAAUGUAUCCCAUUAAGCAGGCAUGUCAAAUUCCAGUGACCAAAUUCCAGGCCAAAUGAGGUUAAUGAAACCUCAAUAAGGGCUUAUUUCUUAGUGGUUCUUUAUGCAUACUGUAGAAGCAUACAGCAGUGUUGAUAAGGGGUUUACACAACUUUCCAGAGUUUAUUUAUUAAUAACAUUGACAAAGUGCAUAUCUCUACAUUUCUAUUUUAACAGUUCCUCUUGUUAUUAUAGUGGCAACACAUUUUACAACGAUUGUACGUCAUACCCUGCCCUAGUGGAGCUUACAGCGUGAAGUCUCUAUCAGGAGCCAGUUAAACUUCCUGCAUGUUUUUGGAGUGUGGGAUAAAACCAGAGUACCCAGAGGAAAUCUAUAAUGGCAAAUCAGGGCAGUGGUAGUGUCUCCACAAUGUAGGAGAGCGAGAUAUAGCACCCAAAACACCAGUUUGACAUGCCUGUUUUAAAGUCAUGCCAAAAUUUAGCUUUUUGGGGGGGAAAUGAGGCAAGGUGUUCUUUCCUUUUUCCACCUAAAGUUUAGUUCUACGCCAAUCAUGCUGUUUAUAAACACCAAUUAAAUCUUUGUGUUAGGAUCUGCUUAUUCUUACCCCAUAUCAAGAUGAAAAUUAUUUUUUGGGAAUUAGUACCCUUGUUAAGAGCAACCGUGAGAUAAAAAUCUAAGUUUUGAGAUGUUGGUAAAAUAAUAGCAACCUGUGCUAUUAUAGAAAGUGCAAAUGCUUUAUUUUCAUGUUGCAUUUUCUUAUAUGUGUCACUGAACUUCUUCAGUAGUACCCCCAGUUUCUUUGAUGGCUGUUUUUGGUAGGUUACGGUAGGGAUGCUCUUAAUUAAGAAUUAAGUCUGAAUUUUAGCACUUUUUACAGGGUUCCCGAUUUGUCUAAAUACUUGCGUUUUGGCUAAAUGCUUAGUCAAAAUGAGAGUUUAGAUUCAAUUGUAUCUGGCCAAUUCUUUCGUAGAGGAUUCAGUAUUUUGCAAAAUCUCAAUAUAUUAAAUUUAGUGGAUCCCCAAUUUUCAGUAGCAUUAAAUAUAAAUUGUGAAGGCGCAAACACUUUAUUUCUAAAAAUGUAACUAGUUUAUAGUAUAUUGAAUUAUAUUUCAUAUAUGUACCAUGUAUCUGUAUGUGAUUUUAAAAAGAAGUAAAUUUCAAUAUUCUUCUGUUA